AGGCUGUCAAAGUUUGCUAGUUGAUGCCGUGCCGUCGUUCUUUCUCUUCCGGCAAUUGUAGCGAGCUGUCGUGACAUUCUCUAUCCAAGAAAGAUGUUCAUGCCCAAAGCACACCGAGUCGCCAUCUACGAGUACCUCUUCAAGGAAGGAGUGCUGGUAGCACAGAAGGAUUUCUAUGCCCCAAAGCAUCCCGAACUGGAGACCAUUCCCAACCUCCAUGUCAUCAAGACGAUGCAAUCGCUGAAGUCCAAGAACUUCGUGAAGGAGCAGUUCGCCUGGCGCCACUACUAUUGGUACCUUACCAACGAGGGUAUUGAAUAUCUUCGUGCGUACCUGCACCUUCCUUCGGAGAUUGUGCCCUCCACCUUGAAGCGCGCUGCCCGCUCGGAGCCACAGCGUGCCCGCACACAGGCUGGACCGCGUCCGGAUGGACCCAAGAGCGGAGAGGACCGACAGGCUUACCGUCGUAUGCAGCAGGCUGGUCCAGGCGACAAGAAGGGAGAUGUCGGCGCUGGAGCAGGCGAUCUUGAAUUCCGUGGCGGUUUCGGUCGCGGUAGUCGCCUGUAAAUUUGUUUAAAUUCUACGUUUUUGGUGACGAUAUAUUUUCGACGUCGGACGUGACGGCUUUUUUUUGGUGCAUUGAAAUACAUGCAUCGUGAAGUGGUGAGCAGGCGGUUCUGCUUAAUGGAGCUAAAUAAAGUGUAAAUUGAGCGAUAGACUUAUCGCUAUCAAUUAA